GGAAGAAGGGGAGCCGUCGCUGCUCACCGUCAGGCACGAGCUGAAGAACGCAAACUUAACAGGCCACACAGAGAAGGUGGGCAUCGAGAACUUUGAACUCCUGAAAAUUCUUGGGACAGGAGCUUAUGGAAAGGUAUUUCUGGUGAGGAAAAUCAGUGGUCAUGAUGCUGGCAAAUUGUAUGCAAUGAAGGUAUUAAAAAAGGCAACAAUAAUUCAAAAAUCCAAAACAACUGAACAUACAAAGACUGAACGACAAGUACUAGAACACAUUCGACAGUCUCCAUUUUUGGUCACUUUGCAUUACGCUUUCCAGACAGAUACAAAACUUCAUCUCAUCUUAGAUUACAUAAAUGGAGGAGAACUUUUUACCCAUCUUUCACAAAGAGAGAGAUUUAAUGAAGAUGAGGUACAGAUAUAUAUUGGGGAGAUUGUUUUAGCACUGGAACACCUACACAAGUUGGGAAUUAUCUAUCGUGACAUAAAACUUGAAAAUAUUCUUCUUGAUUCAGAUGGACAUGUAGUUUUGACAGACUUUGGACUGAGUAAGGAGUUUGUUAAUGAUGAAAAUGAAAGAGCUUAUUCUUUUUGUGGAACCAUAGAAUAUAUGGCACCAGAUAUUGUCAGAGGAGGAGAUACAGGACAUGAUAAAGCUGUUGAUUGGUGGAGUUUAGGUGUUCUGAUGUAUGAAUUAUUGACUGGAGCAUCACCUUUUACAGUUGAUGGGGAGAGAAAUUCACAAACUGACAUAUCUAAGAGAAUAUUAAAAAGUGAACCUCCAUAUCCACAAGAAAUGACUGCGUUAGCUAAAGAUUUAAUUCAGUGUCUUCUAAUGAAAGAUCCCAAGAAAAGAUUGGGUUGUGGUUCAGGGAGUGCUGAUGAAAUCAAACAACAUCCCUUCUUCAAGAAAAUAAAUUGGAAUGACUUGGCUGCCAAAAAAGUGUCUGCUCCAUUUAAACCAAUAAUUCGUGAUGAGUUGGAUGUUAGUAAUUUUGCAGAGGAGUUUACAGAAAUGGAUCCAACAUAUUCUCCAGCAACAACUUCAGAGGCUGCGGACAAGCUAUUCCAGGGAUAUUCUUUUGUUGCUCCUUCCAUCUUAUUCAAACACAAUGCAGCCAUUAUGGAUCCAGUUUGUUUUCUGACAAAACAUAGCCAACCUGGAGUUACAAAUAUUGCGAGAAGUGCUAUGAUGAAGGACUCUCCAUUUUAUCUCCACUAUGAGCUGGACUUAAAAGAAAAACCACUGGGAGAAGGUAGUUUUUCCAUCUGUCGAAAAUGCUUACACAAGAAAACUAGACGUGAAUAUGCAGUAAAAAUAAUCAGUAAAAGGCUAGAAGUCAACACUCAGAGAGAAAUUACAGCUUUAAAACUCUGCGAAGGACAUCCCAAUGUUGUAAAAUUGCAUGAAAUUUAUCACGAUCAGCUCCACACGUUUCUAGUAAUGGAACUACUGAAAGGGGGAGAAUUACUUGAACGCAUCCAGAAAAAGAAGUACUUCAGUGAAACUGAAGCUAGUUAUAUCAUGCGCAGAUUAGUUUCUGCAGUGAGCCAUAUGCAUGAUGUGGGAGUAGUACACAGAGAUUUAAAACCUGAGAAUUUAUUAUUCACAGAUGAAAGUGAUAAUUCAGAAAUAAAAAUAAUUGAUUUUGGAUUUGCCCGAUUAAAACCUUCAGACAAUCAGCCUCUUAGAACUCCAUGUUUUACCCUUCAUUAUGCUGCUCCAGAGCUCUUAAACCAUAAUGGUUAUGAUGAAUCCUGUGACCUCUGGAGUUUGGGAGUUAUUUUGUAUACAAUGCUUUCAGGACAAAUACCCUUUCAGUCUCAAGAUAGCAGUAUAAUAUGUACAAAUGUUUUGGAAACAAUGAAGAAAAUUAAAAGAGGGGAAUUUUCAUUUCAAGGAGAUGCUUGGAAAAAUGUUUCUCAGGAAGCCAAAGAUUUGAUACAAGGACUUCUCACAGUGGAUCCAAAUAAGAGGAUUAAAAUGACCAGUUUGAGAUACAAUGAUUGGCUUCAGGAUGGUUGCCAACUGUCAUCCAACCCAUUAAUGACUCCAGACAAUUUAGGAUCUUCAGGAGCUGCAAUACAUGUCAAAGCAACUUUUAAUGCUUUUAACAAGUAUAAAAGGGAAGGAUUUUGCCUCCAGAAUGUUGACAAGGCACCUCUUGCAAAAAGAAGAAAGAUGAAAAAGACAAGCACAAGCACAGAGACCCGCAGCAGUUCCAGUGAAAGUUCUCAUUCUUCGUCCUCUCAAUCCUAUGGUAAAACUACCCCUACAAAAACACUACAGACAACACAUCCUAUAGACAGCAAUAAAUCAGAGAAUAUCUUUCAAUUCUCUGAUUGAAGAUCUGUUCUCUUGGAUAAUAAUUGAAAUUUGCUGAUGCCUGUUCUCUUUUGAAUACAGUAAUGAGAUAUGUUUACAAAUUGCCCCUUCUAAUAUUUUUGUUUCAGUCUGAGGCCUGGGUUGAAAUACCACUGUGACUGUAACCAGAA